UGUGGGGUUGCCCCGGGGAGGUGAGAGGGAGAUGGGCACACUGCGGUUCUGCCCUUCAGCCCUGCUGUGAUUUAAGCACCAGCAGGUCUCCGGUUCCUCUGGGUCUGCCCCUGCCUUUCCCCCUUGUCCUUUGGUCCCCUGGGGUGUUUUCUGCCUCUCCCCACCCUGGGAAAGCUGGAGGAGCUGCUUGGCUCUGCCCCACUGCCCCCCGUCCUUGAGCAGGGGUGCUGACAGUGCCCACAGCUAACUUGAUCCCAUGGCUGGCAAGGACUGCCACCUGGCCCAAGGCUCUUCAGCAUCCCCAUGCAUGGGGCCAGUCCUGCUGUGGGCAGGGGAGGGGAAGGCACAACUGGGAUUCACCUUUGCAAGCUCUUCUGCUGGGUCUGAGUUUGAUCGGAGGCUGUGGAAACCUCUCGUCUCCUCUUCCUCUUUUUCCUCCUCCACAUCUCCUCCAUGGGCGGCCCUGCACCCUUGAACUUCCGUGCAAUGGUGGCACCGCCUGGCAGGGUGCCAGGGAAUGGCACUGCACAGCACGGCAGUGUCAGGAGCGGGCCCAGCCAAGCACCCACCCCUGGGGUCCAAGGGCUGCAGAGGCCUUUGGGAACCCUUCACCUGGAGCCUGCACAGGGUGGGGCAACUUUGGGGACACUGCUCCCUUAGGGCAAGGCUGCUGGUCCGGGGGGGGGGAGGUGUGUGGGGGGGAGGGGAGGCACUCAUCUCCUUCCACCCCCAGCCCGACCAGGACGAGGACCUGCCCAUGGGAUGCGUGGAGCCGGACAGCGAGGGGUGGCCAGGCUGGGAGGGGGCCCCAGCUGCAGCCGCGGCCCUGGAGGAGCCGUGUGGGCUGGUGCUGAGCACGCCGAGCCGUGUCCUGCGGGACAGGGAGACCAAGGAGCUGGGGCCCCACCUGCCCCCCCGUCUGCAGCAGCAGCCCUGGAGCCUGCUGUACUGCACUGCGCGGGAUGGCUUCAGCCUGAGAACCCUGUACCGGCGUGCUGGCCCACUGAGCUCCCCUGCACUGCUGCUCAUCCGAGACACCGAUGCACAGGCCUUCGGUGCGUUCUUCGCUACCACCAUUCACAGGAGCAACAACUUUUAUGGCACAGGGGAAACAUUUCUCUUCUCUUUCUCCCCAGAACUGAAGGUGUUCAGGUGGACGGGCAGGAACAACUUCUUCAUGAAGGGAGAUGUGGACCUGCUGAUGGUCGGUGGGGGCAGUGGCAGGUUUGGGCUGUGGCUGGACGGGGACUUGCACCACGGGGGCAGCUACCCCUGUGAGACCUUCAACAAUGAGAGCCUCUCGCCGCGGGGGGAUUUCUGUGUUCAGGACCUGGAGGUGUGGGGCCUGGCCUGACAGACACCGGUGCCUGGGGAAGAGCCUGAACUGAUGGCUCACGGGGCCAGUCACCUCCAGUGACCACCAGGACAGUGCUGGGGGAAGGUCACACCUGCCUCCUGCUCCCCAGCCCUGCGAAUGUCCCCAUCACACAUGCCCAGUGAAGGGUGAAGGGACAGACCCUUGCAGGAGGCCAACCCCACAGUGCUGCUGCCAUGCCAGCUCUGCCUGUAGCGCCCAAGAACCUGGCCUGGCAGGGAUGGGGCAGAGCCUCCCCAAAAGGGCACGAGUCCAGAUGAAGCAGCAAAUUCUGAGAGCAGCAUGCUGCCAGCAGGACCAAGCAGCUGGGACAGCCUCUUCCCUGCUGGCUGCUGCCAUAGGGAUGGUGACACCAGGGCUGGUGGGUGAGAGGGUGCUGACCAUCAAUAAAUGGGAAGAGACAUGCUCCAA